AUGUCCAGGAUCAAGGGACCCAAACUGGACCUUCAGCAAGAGGUGCUGAGGGGGUCCAAGGCAGAAGAGGAACGGAUGGGACUGCAAACAGAAGACAGAGAAGUGGGAGGACUGAUAGCCGAACAAAUGAGGACAAAGACUGAGGAAGCAUCUUUGAAUGCUCCCCUUAGACAAGUAGAUCAAUUGGUUGUCACCAUGCUGUUGCUUGAAUCAGACUUGGAAACCACACAUAGUUGCAUACAAGCUAUUGAAGAAACUUACGCUAGCCGCUCAGACAUGAGAGAUGUCCCCCUGCUUGAUCCAGACUUUACAAUAUACACGGGUAGAACUAGUUUUAUGCAAGAAGACAUUCGAAAGGCAGGAUGUGCUGUGGUGAUUUUGAAGAAGUAUGGGAAGCUGAGCAACUUCCGCCCGUGUGGGGAGCCUAAGGAAGUAGCUGUAAUGCAUUGCAAAGGCCAUCAGAAGGGAGCAUCAGAUAUUCAAUUAGGAAAUAAUAAGGCAGACAGGGAAGCUCACAUUGCUGUACUAAAGGCACCUUUUGAGCAUACAAAUUGUCUAGCUUUGUGGACCCCUGAGGAACAGGACCAGGGUAAACCAAACUACUCUCAUGAAGAUUUGGACAAAGCUGAGAUGCUGGAAGCAAGAAGGAUCACAGUCAAAGAGAAGGGGGUUGAGGGUGUGCCUGAGGACUGGCUAAUUGAACCCAUGAUCUGGAUAUCAGCUCUCAAUAUAUUGUCUGAUACUACUGAUAAGAUUCGAAGAGCAGUAUAUCAGAAUAAGUUGGCCCUAGAUUACAUCUUGGCAAAGGAAGGAGGUGUUUGUGGAAAGUUCAACCUUUCCAAUUGUUGUUUGCAAAUUGAUGAGACAGGAAAAGCCAUUAAGCAGUUGACCACUGAAAUGAGGCAACUUACCCAUAAUGCUGACCAAGAAUGGAAAGGUUUUGACUUUACCCAGGUAUUUACAUCUUGGUUUCCCAAGCUGCCUGGUUUGCAAGCCAUCGUGGCCCUCGUGGGAAUCAUUGCCCUUGGUUGUCUAAUUCUAUGUUGUAUUUUACCUAUUGUUACUUGCACCAUUUCCAAGAGCCUCUCAAUGCUCGUUGAGAAAAGAGCCAUAGCCCAGGUCAUGGCCCUUGUAGAGGAAGGGGAAUAUGCUACCUUAUGUUAUCCUCCAAGAUCGAACUGGUUCUUAAUUAGUGAAAACUAUUUUCUUGAAGAAGAUGGAAUUUUCCAUGGUAGUGAUGGCAAUGUUGUCACUGUUACUCACAAGUAUUUUCUGCCAGGAGAUUUCAUAAUGGCCGGGAUACUCUCUCAGUUCUACAUGGUAUCGGAUCCAGUUGGUUUCACAAGGCACCCAUCUGAAGAAUUGGUUGAUGAGCUCAUUUAUUACAUGGCGGGAUUGACUUACUUGGCUUCCAUGGAGCUUCUCUCAACACGUGGCAGAUUCAUCCCCAACUAUAAGUGUGAUGCCAAGGAUUGGGCAGUAUCUGUUAUUCUAGGACCUAACUCUUACAUCUGUCCCUUAGUGGCAAACAUCUUGAAUGUCUACAAGAUGCCCCAGCUUCUAUAUGGAUCUGCUCCAAUGAAUGAUAAUAAUGAACACACAGUUUUCUUUCAUCGUUUUUUUCCAAAUGAGGAGCUUCAGACUAAGGGGAUUCUUCAGCUGCUGUUGCAUUUAAAGUGGGUAUGGAUAGGGCUGCUUUCCCAAUCUGAUGAGAGUGGAGAGAGGUUUGUACGGAAUGCCCUUACACUGUUUGUCCAGAAAGGUAUUUGCUUUGACUUCAUGCAAGAGUUGCCCAAAGGCAUUUAUUCUAAUCACAUUGAAUAUGUAUUUAAAGAUUAUGUUACCAUUUACAAGGUUGUCAUGAACAGCACUGCCAAUGUUGUGAUCCUCUACUGUGGAAACCACAUAAUUGCCAUCUUCAGAAUGUUUCCCUAUUUUUCAGAAUAUGAGGAUAUACCAGUAAAGAGAAAAGAUAAAGUCUGGAUCAUGCCAGCCCAGAUGGAGUUCACAUCAAUCCCUUUUCAAAAAAUACUCCCUUUCGACUUUAUUCAUGGUGCCAUAUCUUUUGCGGUUUCUUCCAAGGAGGUGACUGGGUUCAAACCAUUCUUGCAGAUGAGAAGCCCUUCUUUAGAAGAAGGAGAUCAUUUAACACGAUUGUUCUGGGAGCAGGCAUUUGAAUGUUUUUACCUUAAAGAUAAGUUAGAUGAGGAUGCUGGAGUGCUGUGCACUGGAGAGGAGAAGUUGGAGACUCUUCCUAAUUCUGUCUUUGAGACCACCAUGACUGGGCAGAGUUACAGCGUUUAUAAUGCAGUCUAUGCUGUGGCACAUGCCUUGAAAGCCAUAUUUUCAUCCAAAUACAAACACAGAGCAAGGGCAGACCACGGAAGGCUGAUGAUUAUCAAGGAAGAAAGAUGGCAGCUCCAUCCUUACCUGAGAAAAGUCUUAUUUAACAACAGUGUUGGGGAAACAGUUUUCUUUAAUGAAAAGGGGGAAUUGGGAACUGGAUUUGAUAUCAUCAACUGGAUCGCAUUCCCAAACAAAACAUUUCUUAAAGUCAAAGUUGGAAAGAUAGACCCAUUGACUUCUCCAGAAGAGUCUUUCAUGAUUUCUGAAGAAAACAUCAUCUGGCCGACCAUGUUCAACCAGGCAUUACCACUUUCUGUAUGCAAUGAAAAUUGUUAUCCAGGCUACCUGAAGAAAAAAAUAGAUGAGAAGCCCUUUUGCUGCUAUGAUUGUCUUCCUUGUGCAAAGGGGAAAAUUUCAAACAGAUCAGAUGCAGUUGACUGUUUCCAAUGUCCAGAAGAUCAAUAUCCAAAUGAAGCUCACAAUCUUUGCAUUGAAAAACAUAUAACUUUCUUGUCUUAUGGAGAACCUUUGGGAAUCACUUUGGCCACUGUAACUGUCUUCUUUUUUAUAACUUCAGCCUUGGUGCUGAGGAUCUUCAUUAAAGAGUGGGAAACCCCCAUAGUCAAAGCCAACAACAGGAAUCUCACCUAUACUCUUCUCAUUGCUCUCCAGCUCUCUUUCCUCUGCAGUUUUCUUUUCAUUGGACAACCUGGUCAAGUCAAAUGUCUCAUGCGACAAACUGCAUUUGGCAUCAUCUUCUCUGUAGCCAUUUCUUGCAUUUUGGGUAAAACAACCAUAGUGGUUCUUGCUUUCAUGGCCACCAAACCAGGAUCCCAAAUAAAGAAAUGGGUGGGGAAAAGGCUGGCCAACUCCAUUGUCCUUUCUUGCUCUCUCAUACAACUCACAAUUUGUGUUGCAUGGCUGGCAAUUUCUCCCCCAUUUCCAGAUUCAGACAUGCACUCCAUGGCUGAAGAAAUUGUACUAGAAUGUAACGAAGGAUCAGCCAUUAUGUUUUAUACUGUUCUGGGCUUUAUGGGGUUCUUAACUGCUAUCAGUUUCACGGUAGCCUUCCUAGCUAGGAAGUUACCUGAUAGCUUCAAUGAAGCCAAAUUCAUUACCUUCAGCAUGCUGGUGUUUUGCAGCGUUUGGGUAACAUUUGUUCCUACCUAUCUGAGCACCAAGGGAAAGUACAUGGUGGUGGUGGAGAUCUUCUCCAUUCUGGCUUCAGCAAUGGGGUUGCUUGGCUGUAUCUUUUUCCCAAAAUGCUAUAUUAUUCUUCUGAGACCUGAUCUAAACAAAAAGGACAAACUUAUUAAAAAACACUGA